ACAUGUCACUCAUUCAUUUCUUCACAAUAAUCAACAACUACACAAAUUUAUUUCUCCUCCCCCACAGCUAAACCCUUCAUCCUUGAACAAUCCUUUUCUUCAAUUUUCAUGCAAAUUUUCUUUUAUUUACUUUGAUGGAGCAGUUCAGAUCCAAAUCAUACAAGGAUGGUGGAGAAAUGCAGAUGGAAAGUUACAGUGGAGGAGGCACAAGGAACAUGCAAGACCUGAGAUCUUACAGUGCAAGUUCUGCUCAACAAAACCAGCUUGGGAAGGAGAUUAAGGUGAAGAAAAGCAAAAGCUCAAUUGGGUCUUCUUCAAAAAGCUGGAGUUUUACUGAUCCUGAGCUGCAGAGGAAGAAGAGGGUUGUUAGCUACAAGGCUUAUGCAGUCGAAGGCAAGACGAAAGGGUCUUUGAGGAAGAGCUUCAGGUGGAUCAAGGACACCUACACCCAAGUUGUCUACGGUUCUCAGUGAUCCAUGGCCAUGGACAAUCUCUUGUUUUCUCUCUCUUUUCUCUUUUUGUUUUGUUUGAGGUUUGUGCUUUACUGUAUUGGUGAAUGAUGGAGAAGUAAGAUUUAGGGGUAAGUUUUCUCUUGAAUCUGAUAUUCUCAUCAACUAUGGAAUUUG